CUCGAUCCGGAUCACUUCAGUGUCUGCUAGGCCUCUCUCUUUCUUCCCGUACGUCCGCAGCAAACGGUCAAGAUGGCUAACACUGACGCUCUGAGCUUUUUCAAGGAUUUCAUGGCCGGUGGCAUCUCUGCCGCUGUGUCAAAAACCGCCGUCGCUCCCAUCGAGCGUGUGAAGCUGCUCCUGCAGGUUCAGGCAGCAUCCACCCAGAUUGCCGCCGACAAGCAGUACAAAGGCAUUGUCGACUGCUUUGUGCGUAUCCCCAAGGAACAGGGAUUCGCCAGCUUCUGGCGUGGUAACCUUGCCAACGUCAUCAGAUACUUCCCCACCCAGGCUCUUAACUUUGCCUUCAAGGAUAUCUACAAGCAGAUUUUCCUCGGUGGUGUAGACAAGAACACCCAGUUCUGGCGUUACUUUGCCGGUAACUUGGCCUCCGGUGGUGCUGCUGGUGCCUCUUCCCUUUGCAUUGUCUACCCUCUCGACUUCGCCCGAACACGUCUUGCCGCCGACAUCGGCAAGGGUGAUGGCAGACAGUUCAACGGUCUUGCUGACUGCCUGAAGAAGACCUUCAAGUCUGAUGGCCUUAUUGGCAUGUACCGUGGAUUCGGUGUGUCAGUCCAGGGUAUCAUUAUCUACCGUGCCGCCUACUUCGGCUUCUUCGACACUGCCAAGGGCAUGCUGCCCAACCCUAAGACCACACCCUUCCUGGUCUCAUGGGCCAUUGCUCAGACUGUCACCACUGUUGCUGGUAUUGCCUCUUAUCCCUUCGACACCGUGCGUAGGCGCAUGAUGAUGCAGGCUGGCCGUAAGAAGGCUGAUAUCAUGUACACUGGCACCCUCGACUGCUGGGCCAAGAUCGCCAAGAAUGAGGGUACUGGUGCCUUCUUCAAGGGUGCCUUCUCCAACGUCCUCCGAGGCACUGGUGGUGCUCUUGUGUUGGUCUUCUACGACGAGAUCAAGAAACUCAUCUAAAUUAAUUAGGAAUAGAUUUUAGGUAGAAGUGCAGGCAUCCAGAGUUGCGAGAUCUGACUCCACAUUCCACAUUCCUGACCUCAAAUCGGUAGAGGAUCUGCAGCUUCUAUAAACUGGUGUAGUGCAUUUCAAACGCAAAUGCAGACCAUGUCAGUGUUCUGAUCAAGUUGACUCAUGUGUGCUAAGUCAGAUUUGCAUCUUGGCUUACACUUCAAUAGCAGAAUUUCAAUUUUAAAAUCUCGAACCAUGACUUUUAGGUUUGUUUUACUCAGUAUUCAUUGCUCGACCGGGAAGAGCUAGAGAGGCCGCAAGUGAAGUAAAAUGGAAGAAUUACCAAAGACAUUCCAUCCUUCAUGGCUGUACCAGUGUUUCAUCAAGAUGGAAUGGUGAUUGCAAGAGAUUUUACUGUAACUGUCCAACAAUAAAAAAGUUGAUAUUACAACCAAUAUAA